UUACACGGGAGAUGGAUGGGUGAGUGCGCACCUAUUGCUCCGCCCUCCUCUGGAUCACAGAGGAUGUUGCGAUUUCUCCGCUUGUCAGGACGGGUAAGCUUCCCGGGAACGGCCGGUGUCCAAGUCUGCUGUCAUCAAAGCAGUGAUACAAAGUCGCCAAGUCUCCUCUUUUCUGGGAACCGGCAGAGGAGUCACCACCACCACCACCAAGGCACGGACUGAGAGACUGAUAACUCACUGCUGCCAAGGCUUUGUGGUGCCAUGAUGAAGAAGGCGGUGGAAGUUAUCCUGCUGUUGUUUCUGCUAGUCUCUAUGCCACAUGCAAAGGGAACACGCUACAGUCCACCAGGGAAGCCUACGCUGACCAGAUGUCGUUCUCCCGAAAAAGAGACCUUUACCUGCUGGUGGGAACCAGGCUCUGAUGGGGGACUGCCCACUACCCACGCCCUGUAUUAUCGCAAAGAGAACUCUGAGACAGUGUACGAGUGUCCUGACUACCGUACAGCUGGAGAGAACUCCUGCUUCUUUAACAAGAACAACACAUCCAUCUGGGUCAACUACAACAUCACUGUGGUGGCCACCAACACACUGGGCAGCACUUUCUCCGACCCCAUGGACAUAGAUGUGGUGUACAUCGUCAAGCCUAAUCCUCCAGAGAGGCUAGCAGUCACUGUAAAGGAGGACAAAAGCUGGCCCUUCCUGCGGGUGUCAUGGGAACCACCACAUAAGGCUGACACCCGCUCUGGUUGGAUCACUCUCAUGUACGAGAUCCGUGUCAAGUUGGAGCAGGAAAAUAAAUGGGAGAUGCACCUUGCAGGCCAGCAGAAGAUGUUUAACAUUUUCAGCCUGCGGUCAGGUGGUUCAUACCUCGUUCAGGUGCGCUGUAAGCCGGAUCAUGGGUUUUGGAGUGAAUGGAGUUCCACUUCUUACAUCGAAGUUCCUGACUAUUUCCCUCGAGAGAAGUCAGUGUGGAUCCUCAUUACGGUCUUUUCUGCCUUCAUUUUCGUCAUUCUCUUUUGGUUGCUGCACAUGAACAGCCACAGUCUGAAGCAUUGCAUUCUGCCACCAGUUCCUGGUCCUAAAAUCAAAGGAUUUGAUAAGCAGCUUCUCAAGAAUGGCAAGUCUGAGGAGAUCUUUAGUGCACUGAUGGUGCCUGAUUUCCCUCCCACAACAUCAUCCAACUUUGAGGAUUUGCUUGUGGAGUACUUAGAGGUCUAUAUCCCUGAAGGGCAGGAGCUGACGCUGCAGGAAAGCAAAGAUCUCCACGAUGGUUGCCUCAAAUCUGAGGGCUCCACUUCUGACAGCGACUCCGGUCGAGGCAGCUGCGACAGCCACACUCUGCUGAUAGAUAACUGUGGAGAGGCAAAAGAAGAAGAGAGGCAACAAGAUCAGGAAAGAAUGGGGAUGGAGGCACAGAGACAUCAGAAGGACUGGGAGGAGAAAGUGUUGAACUAUGCUCAUGAAGACAUUGUUAGUCCUGACAUGUCCAGUGGAAGGGUGAAGACCUGGCCUUCUGUGUUUUCUCCACUGCCUCAAUACAGUUCAAACCCACCUGACCAACAGAGCUCACUUGAGAUGGCCAAACAACACUACCUUUCCGACAGCCUCUUCCUCCCAGACUCCUCGUCCACCUACCUCACCCAGCCUGGCCACAGCACCAGGGAGUCUCUCGAGCCAAGCUACUGUGAGUUCAGAUUGAGCAACAAGCAACCUCAUCAGCUUCAUCCCCAGAUGCAAGCCAGCCAGCAACUCCACAUGACCCACAGCGAUGUCAACAUCUCCAGCAUCGGUUGCAAACAGGCACCUGCGGGUCUGCAGUCACCAGAUCUCCGAUCCACUCAGUACGUGGAAGUUCAGAAGGUCAACAAAGAGGAUAUGGUGCUUCUCCAACCCGUUGGAAAAGGCUGCCGUCACAUCGAACUCUGCCCCAAAAUGCCACAGGGGGAUAACUACAGUAAGGUAAAGGGCGUGAACAGUGACAACAUACUGCUGCUCCAGAGAGGAGUGAUGGAAGAAGACAGGUGUCCUUGUGAGGACCAGGAGACCAAUGGAGCGAGAGAGCACUCCCACACAGCGUCCACAGUCACCACUACACAAAAGCCUACAGCCUGCAUUCACACUGCCAUGCCGGUCCAGGAUGAAAUGGUUCUGGCAGUGAAUGGUUAUGUUGACACUGCCAUCAUGUGCACACUUCCCACUUACUAGGGCACCAUAAGCCCAACUGGAAGGUAUAUUGCAACAUGCAAGACCUGUUCUAGGACGGGACUGAGACAAAAAAAACACCAACAUACUUCAAAAAUGAUUGCAAAGACAAUAUUUUCUUGUUACAAAAUCACAGUUAGUUGUUUUCCAUCUUCUCCAUUUAAUGUUUUUACAGAAUCUGAUUGAUUGUAUACAUCUAAAAUGUGGUACCAUAUGUUGUCAUCAUGAUUAAUAUUUCUGUCAUAAAUGUUUUCCUCUGUCACAGGCACGUUUCAGGUCAUGCACUUUUGAUAUUGAAAUUUAUUGAGGUAUACUGCCUCAGGUAAAAUGUUGUUUUUUUAUUGCAUUAUGAAUAAAUGAACACUUGUGGCAGAUUUUGAAGCUUAAACAAAUGUUUUUUAUUUUGUGUUUGUUCUUGUACGUGCACAUGUCCUCUAGAACACUAAUCUACAUCCUCAAGACAUUAGUGCAGGAAAACAGGUUGCUGAGGGGGGGUACAAGUCCUCCUGCCGGCCAGAGUGAUACAAUUAAUUCAUUUUUCAUUUGCAUUAUAUAUAUUAUUAUUAUUAUUGCAAAUAUGGUCAAUACAAAGGACAACACAUAUAUAGUUUCCUACCUAAGUGGCUGUUCUGACAUGACUGCUUGCCUUUACCUCAGCUUAAAGGUUAGAGGAGCUGAUAAACAUAACUGGCCAAAACAAAAGAACAGCAUAGAAACUAACUAGAAACCUGAAAUAGCAUAUUCACCUCACUUUGUCCAAAACCAACGAAAAAUAGGCUCUUUGGGAAAAAAAAGACACAGCCUCCAGUCAUGGGAAUGAGGCUGUGUGAGUGUGAGUCUGUAUGUUCCUAAGACACUUUAUGUUGGUUUUGUUACCUGUUUGUAUAUACUGUAUAUAAAGAGAUUAUUUUAUGUAUAUACACUUAUUUGUAUAAAUGUUUAUGACUGCUUUUCUCAGUUAAGUGUUAAAAUAUCAAUAAAGGAAUUUCUACAAA